AUGGUCUACGCGGGCCCGUCGCGCGGAUGCAGCACCUGCAAGAAGCGUCGGAUCAAAUGCGACCUGAGCCGACCAUUUUGCCAAAACUGCUCGAAGAGGCGACUGCCUUGUCCCGGCGUCCCAGAUCCACCCGGCAUCCAGUUCAGAGACGAGACCGAGACGGUGAUACAGCUGUUCCAAGGAGGAGCAGGAGCCAACGACAAGGAAGGCUCAGGAACCGCCGCCGCCGAGGACUAUGAAUAUCCUAAUGCCGUGGUCCCCAAUCUCGGCGAGGAUGAGAACUUUGUCUCGCUGUGUUUCUUCUUCCACAACUACAUGAUGAGCGGCAGGGGCGUGCAGUCUUCGCGCGGGUUGUUCGAGCAUUUGAUCCCGUACUAUCAGCCAACUGAUCCGGACUCUCUUAUAUCAGUCGCCACUGCUUCUCUCACGGCUACCAUGCUCUCGAUGUGGCGCGGCCGGGCACCCGAUUCGAUCUUGUCGAGAAGGUACUACGGACGUGCUAUCGAUCUCUUGAAGGACACGCUCAAAACUCCCCACGGAUGCCAGGCCGACACGACGUUGAUCGCCAUCAUCGCUCUGCAGUUCCGGGAGGCGCUGAUCGCCCAUCGCAAGAUGGCCAAAGUCGACGGGAGCCACCAAAGAGGCGCAUAUGCUGUCGUCAGCUACAGAAAGAGCAAGGGUUUCUGCGACAUGGCUUCCAAGCGCCUACUGCAAGAGGUGCGCAGCACCAUGGUGUCUGAGGCAAUUCGGACGCGCCAACCAGUCCAAAUCGACCCGGCCGUGUGGGAAGACGACGGACCCAUGCCGUACAAUCCGGCCAGCGAUCUCGACCAGAUCGCCAUCGACCUUGCCAACCUGCAGGCCUUGUUUGAACAAUACAAAACGACAUUGCAGAUCGCGUUUGCAAAGGGCCAGAGAGUGUUGACGGCAAAGGAUCUCAGCACAAUAGCGUCGUUCAGGAGGACAGCAGCUGCCAUUGACCAGCGCCUCCAGAUCUGGGCCAGCGCGCAGUACUUGUUCUACUCGCCCUUCCGAUUGACGGCAGAUGAGAUCCCGGAAUCGGUCAGAAAGGCCGGGCUAUACGGCGACUUUUGCAACGUCUAUCCGACCGUCCAGAUCGCGGGCGUGUGGCACGCGUACAACAGCUACCGGCUGCUCCUUGUCAAGAUGAUGCUGUGCGCCGACCAGACCGUCCGCGACACGCCGAGGGAAGACGACGUGCUGCUGUCGGAGUCCGAGGCGUGGAGAAAGGCCGCCGAGGAGACGCUCCAGCACGGCGUCGACGAGAUCUGCGCCGCCGUCCCGUUCCAUCUCGGCAACCGCACCGACCCAGGCUCCAUCCACGAGCUCUCCAACACGGCCGACAUCGAGUAUCCGUGGCCGUCGCCGAGCAGAGACCCUUACUCGAAUCCAUGCAGUCCAGGCAGGGAGUACGCGCGAGAACACAACGUCAUCCCGCUGAGCGGCGACGAGCGCAAGCGUCAGAACCUCUGCAUGGGCGGCUACAACAUCCUUGGCCCCAUGGCCUUUGUGCUGGGCCUGGCGGGGGAGCCUCUCGAUCUGACCGGCGUGCAGCAGCGUGAUCCGCCGCCCCCUAUACUUGCAUCGUUGCUUCGCCAGGACCAGAUCCCCUGGCUUGCUGGACAAAUGAGGAGGGCUCUGAAACUCCAUCGCAUAAGGAGAGAACAACACCCGAGAGGAGGAGGAGGAGGCGGAGGAAGCAAAGCCAACCACGGACCCCCAAACAACCGCACUCCUCCUCUCGCAGAGAGCUCGAAACCAGCAGCCGCGGAGAAGGACGAUGCCGGCAGCGGCGAUGUCGCCCUGGAUGUGGUGCGGGUGAAAAAAUCAAUGAAAUAUUCCUUUGGCGUCUGA